AUGGACGCGCCCCAAGGCCCGGUUCGUGUCGACCUCGCGCCGUCGGCUGCGAUACCGAAGGAUGAUGAGAUGGUGCCGAGUCUCACGGACGUGUACCUCGAGCCAACCUCUACGCCCCGAGCGCGCAGCCGCCUCGGCUUCCUCUUCGAGCCGUUCGUGACUGUGAUUUUACCGAUUCACCUUCAGUCGUUUGCGUGCACGAGCGCGGCCCUGCGCGAGGCCGCGAGCGGCACGUUCAAGGUCAUCAUGCACAACCUCUCGGCGCACGGUGUCAAGCUCAUUCUGCCUCCGAUCUUGCUCUCCACGACCCGGCGUGGCGACCCGAAUCGCAAGACGACGAGCAAAAUGGAGGCGCUGCAGUCGAUGAAGUUUGUGCACUCGAUCGACGCGCCGUCGCUUGCGCUUGUGAUGCCUGUGCUUUAG